CUGCCCGGACAGUGUCAAUAACAAUUGCCAAGCUUCUCUUACCCCAACGUCAUACAUAUCAAGGUCCAGAGCCAGUCUGUCAGCCCCGCCAUGGUCAUAUCAUCGGAUCCGCCAGCGGGCACGGCGUUGGAGCUAGGAGAGGAGGGAAAGGCCCUCCCGCACGACUCUUGGCUGACAAACGACGCGACUGCGACGGAAGGAGAUACGGAUGGGUCCAAGCCCGCUCCGCCCCUACAACUACCAGCCCAGGAUACAACUAGUGCAGCCCCCGCCGUCGCCCAGGGCACUCCUCCCACAGCACCGCCGCAGAAGACGGGGAAGGCAGACAAGGCGGCCAGGGAUGAUGGCGUCAGCCCGAUCGACUUCGACGGCUCUGUCGACAGCAAUAACGAGCUGCCGUCGGCAGCGACGCUGCGCAAGAUCGAGAACUACGUCGUGCUAGACCGAGAUGGGAAAUCGCAUCCGUUCAAGAGCCUGUACACGGGGAGGCACGUGGCGAGGCGCGUCCUGAUCAUCUUUGUACGGCACUUCUUCUGCGGUAACUGCCAAGAAUACCUCCGCGCCCUCUCCGCCUCCAUCACUCCGACGACCCUCCUCCAGCUGCCCGUGAGCACCUCCGUCGCGGUGAUCGGCUGCGGCGACCCGGGCCUGAUCGACAUGUACGCCUCGGCGACGGGGACCGCCUUCCCCGUGUACGCCGACCCCGAGCGCCGCCUGUACGCCGACCUCGGCAUGGUGCGCACCCUCGCCCUCGGCUCGCGGCCCGCAUACAUGCGCGGCAAGAGCCUGCUCCGCAGCUCCCUCGAGUCCGUGGCCCAGGGGCUCAGGCAGAUCCGCACGGGCCUCGUCGGCCGCGCCGGCGACCAGAGGCAGAUUGGCGGGGAGUUCCUGUUCGAGCCUGCGGCGGGGCUGUUGACGUCGCCGCCGGAGGGAGGGGAGGUGGGGGAGACGUGUCCCGUCGAGGAGAAGAGGGUCACGUGGUGUCACCGGAUGAAGACGACGCGCGACCACGCUGAGGUGCCUGAGCUGAUGGAGGUGCUGGGCCUUGAUAGCCCCGACGACGGCCAGGGUGGGGUGCCGCCGCCGGAGGGCCCCGCUGGGGAGGACGCGAGGCGCUGGUCUAAAGUGCUUGAGGAGCGAAAGGGCACGGGGGUGAGUAUGGCGGGCCAGAUGGCUGCGCUGAAGGCCGAGGCUGGCGUCGUGGCGCCGGCGCCGGCGGCGCUGUAGUUGGUCUGGGGCUUGGGGGGAAGAAUCUAGGGGUGCUUGGAAAUUGGCGUGUUGCGGUCGGGGCCAGGUGAGAGGAGGGCGUUGGGGUC